AUGGUUGUCGCGACUGUCAUUGAGGACAUUCUUGUUUUGAUUGCACUGGGGCUUGUUGGUAUUUCUGGGAACAUGUUUAACCUAGUUUUCACCAUACAGCAGCACAUCAAGUCCAAAAAUAUUCAGACUGUCGGUUUGAUCUUAAGCGUUAUCUCUCUCAACAAUGUUAUCUUGGUCACCGCCACUCUCGUAAUGGUGUUGAGUGUCUUCUUUCUUCCAACUGUUUGGUGCAUGAGACCGUUUCCUUUUGCUCUCCGGAUUGUAAUAUACCUGACGAUGAACUGCAGUUGUAUCAGCUUCUGGUCUAUUGCAUGGCAGAGUCUCUUCUACUGUGUCAAAGUUGUGAAUUUCUCCUCUGAGUGCCUCAUAUCACUGAAGAGGAACAUCUCCACCGUGAUCAACACCGGAGUGCUGUUGAGCUGCUUGGGUUUCUCCGUGUUCUUCAUACCUUUUCUCACACUCGAUGUUCCAGCAACAAACAGUAGGAACGUGUCUGCAAAUUACAGCCUGAAUGCUACUCUAGGCACAGCCUGCCCGAGACUCAUCUUCUCCAUAAAUAUGAAUGAGAUAGCGUACGUAGCUGUAGUUCUGUUUUUUCUUUGCCCAUUGCCUCUAAUGAUCAUGUUGCCCACCUCCCUCAGAAUGGUGGUCCACCUGUGCGCCCAUACGCUGGCACUCCGAAAAAAUAAGACCCAGGUGCAGGGUUCGGACUCGUACGUCCUGGUGUGCAAACUCACCAUCUCGUUGGUGGGGGUUUAUCUGGUGACUUUAUUUAUCGUGGGUCUAUUCCUGACUAUAAGGUUAAUGGAGGGAAAUAUCACCUAUCUCGUCUUAAAUUUUGCCUUUAGUUUUUAUGGUGGCAUGUCUUCUGUUAUUCUGACAGCUUCAAAUAGGUAUCUGAAAGAAAAGCUUUGGAGUCUGUUCUGUUGUAAAAAAGCCCAGGAACCGGCUAUCAAAAGCCAAACAUGUGAAACAGUGGAUGGUUAA